UUUAGCGCCUCCCUGCGCUGCUGCGGAUGUUAAAAGGAUUACAAACGUUACGAGGAAUCGCAUCUUUUUUGCGAACGACGAGCGGUCGCACAAGCUGGUGUCUUCUCAGCCCCGCCACAUACUCGUCGGAAAGGCUACUACGAAGAGCGUUCGGCCUCCUGACCAUGUCUGGCAGCAAGCCUAACGUCGUGUUUGUGCUGGGACCCCCGGGCUCUGGGAAAGGCACCCAGUGUCAGAAGAUUGUGGAGAAAUUUGGCUACAAGCACCUGUCAGCGGGGGAGCUGCUGCGAGAAGAGCAGCGCACGCCGGGUUCGGCGUACGGCGAGGAAAUCGCAACGCACAUCAAGAAUGGAACCAUCGUUCCUGUGGCCAUCACCUGCAGUCUCCUGGACAGGGCCAUGAAGAAGGACGGGACUAACAAGUUCCUGAUUGACGGCUUUCCCCGCAACAAGGACAACCUGGACGGCUGGAACGACGAGAUGAGUGACAAGGUCCACCUCCAGUUCGUGCUCUUCCUCGAGUGUCCCGAACAGACGUGCGUGGAGCGGUGUCUAAAGCGAGGCCAACAGGGCAGCGGCCGCACCGACGACAACAUGGAGAGCCUCAGGAAACGGUUCCGCACGUACACCGAAGACACGCUGCCCAUCAUUCAGUACUAUGACAAGAUGGACCUAGUCAAGAGAGCAGACACCAGCAACAACGACCCGGAUGAGGUCUUCAAGGGUGUUGCAAAACACUUUGACUGCCUCUAGACUCUGUAGCUGGCUUCAUCGCUUGUGUAUAACCUCUGCAUCUGGAUGGAAUUGUGGAAGCUGAAUCUGCACAAAUACUGAAAUUCGUU